GAUCGUAAUCGAUUUUGGGAUCGAUGCGUGCAAAUAGUAAAUGAACGAAGUGCCGAUAUGUUACGACUUAAUUCAUCAUCAACUUAUUUUACCGAAGUAUUUGCUGAAUUAAAACAUUAUGCUUUAGAUGGAUAA